ACGCCUAGUGGGGGAGAGGCAGGGAUCUAUUACCCCGUGCCGGAGAGGAGCUGGGGCUGUAUGGGAUACAGCUUGAGAGCCUUCACUGAGCAGUCCUACCAAAAGUCCUAGCGUUUGGGGAAAAAGGAUACAAAACAUGGCACUUUCUAUGGAGGACACUCACUGGAUUUUACUCUAAGUGGUGGAUUCUUGGAGUCACUGAGUUUGGAUGUAAGAAGUUCGAGUCCUCAGCUGCUGAAGUCCCAUUCCUUGCAAUGACUGGUCCCUGUGUGCUCCUAACCUUCGCAUUACCAAGGGAGCAAAGCAGGGGUUAACCCGAUUUCUCUUACAGCUAGCACAGACCUGGAUCCACAUAUGUGUAAAGAAAAGCUGGACAUUAUGAUCCUGACACAAAUAGAGGCAAAGGAAGCAUGUGAUUGGCUACGGGCUGCAGGAUUCCCUCAGUAUGCUCAGCUCUAUGAAGAUCUCCUAUUUCCUAUUGACAUCUCCUCGGUAAAGACAGACCACGACUUCUUGGACAGAGAUGCGAUCGAAGCCUUGUGCCGGCGUUUAAAUACCUUAAAUAAGUGCGCUGUUAUGAAGCUAGAGAUCAGCCCAAACCGAAAAAGGAGUGAAGAUUCUGAUGAAGAUGAGCCUUGUGCAAUUAGUGGUAAAUGGACAUUUCAGAGAGAUAGCAAAAGGUGGUCAAGGUUGGAAGAAUUUGAUGUUUUUCACCUAAGCCAUGGGCCAAAACCAGUAUUGCCCGAUGCACACCAGCUGGCCAGUGCUGCCAGCCAAGACAGCGUUCUUACAGAUCUAAGCGAGCAGCAGGAAGUAACGUCCAUACACAGUAACAACAGCGAUAGUCUCCGGGCACAUCCUACUAGCGAGGCAAGCACUACAAGAACAAAUUCCGUCAUCAGUGUUUGUUCGUCUGGAAAUUUUAUUGCGAAUGAUGACUCAUUUGGUAGCCUUCCGUCGCCAAAAGAACUUUCAAGUUUCAAUUUCAACCUGAAAGCUACCGAGAGAACCUCCAAGUCCCGAACUAAGAGUCUUCUAAAGAGAAUGGAAAGUCUUAAAAUUAAAAGCUCAGGCAGUAAAAAGAAGUCCAAGCUUGGUCUGAUUAUAAGUGAGCCUAUUCUACGGGAAGAUAUGGACGACGAUAAGCUAAAGCAACUUAACUGUGUGGAAAUAUCUUCUGUCAAUGGCAACCACAUAAAUGUGCCCAAAGUACGCAGGAGAAGCACCUCAAACUCCACACUGACCAGUAGUAGCAGUAGUCAGUCAGAGACAAGCAGUGCAGUUAGCACACCAAGUCCUAUAACAAGAACGCGUAGCCUAAGUACCUGCCACAAGAGAGCAGGCAUGUACUUGGAAGGCUUUGACCCAUUCAACCAGUCAACGUUCGGUGAUGUCCUAGAGCAAAACUAUAGGAACCAGCAGAGUUUCGGUGAUGAUGCUGUGUUCUUUAUCCCUGAAGACCACAAGCCCGGUACCUUUCCCAAAGCACUUUCAAAUGGCAGUCUUUCUCCAACUGACAGCACGGUUUCCAUGAACUGGAGAACAGGAAGCUUUAAUGGACAUGAAUUACUCAACUUUACAAGGGAAAAUAGUGUCAACAGCUGCCAAAGUUCCAUUAGUAGCAGAAGACGAAAUUCAUUUUGUUCUGAAGGAAGCCGUUUGAGUAUUUAUGACAAUGUACCGGGCACACUCCUGUAUUCAAGUAACAGUGACCUGGUUGACCUGGAAAAUGAAGAUAUUUUCCCAGAACUUGAUGAUAUUUUGUACCAUGUUAAAGGAAUGCAGAGAAUAGUAAAUCAGUGGUCAGAGAAAUUUUACGACGAAGGGGAUUCUGAUUCGGCUCUAGAUUCUGUCUCUCCAUGCCCAUCAUCCCCAAAACAAAUCCAUCUGGAUAUUGACAAUGACUGCAAUGCUCUUAGUGAUCUAGAUAGCACAGGGAACUCAUUGAACGAGUGUGAGGAAACUGUAAUUCAGGGAAGAAGAGACUCUGGCGUUGGUGCAUCACUGACUAGAAGUAAUAGGCAUCGAUUCAGAUGGCACAGCUUCCAGAGUUCACAUCGACCCAGUUUGAGCUCCGCUUCCCUGCAGAUAAACUGUCAGUCUGUGACUCAGAUCAACUUGCUGCAGAAGUUCUCUCUUCUUAAGUUAACUGCUCUUCUAGAGAGAUACACACCAUCUAACAAGCAUGGAUUUAGCUGGGCUGUGCCAAAAUUUAUGAAAAGGGUUAAAGUUCCUGACUACAAAGACAGAAAUGUGUUUGGUGUUCCCUUGACUGUUAACGUACAACGCUCCGGUCAGCCGCUGCCCCAGAGCAUUCAGUUGGCUAUGCGUUACCUGCGGAGUCAAUGCUUAGAUCAGGUGGGCUUGUUUAGGAAAUCUGGGGUGAAGUCCAGGAUUCAAGCUCUUAGGGAGAUGAGUGAAAGCAAUUCCGACAGCUUGACUUUUGAAGCACAGUCCGCCUACGAUGUUGCUGACAUGCUAAAGCAAUACUUCCGAGAUCUGCCAGAGCCGCUUCUGACCAGCAAACUCUCCGAGACCUUCUUGCAGAUCUAUCAAUAUGUUCCAAAAGACCAACGGCUCCAGGCAAUUAAGGCAGCCAUCAUGCUUUUGCCAGAUGAAAACCGGGAAGUUCUGCAGACACUACUGUACUUUCUAAGUGAUGUUGCUGCAGCUGUAGAAGAAAACCAGAUGACUCCUACCAACCUUGCUGUCUGCCUGGCACCUUCUCUCUUCCACCUCAAUACUCUAAAGAGAGAGAACUCUUCUCCCAGGGUAAUGCAGAGAAAACAAAGCUUGGGGAAACCUGAUCAGAAAGACUUAAAUGAAAACCUUGCUGCCACCCAAGGACUGGCACACAUGAUUGCUGAAUGCAAGAGUCUUUUCCAGAUACCGGACGAAAUGAGCAAAUGUCGUAAUUCGUACAUGGAGCAAGACCUGAGGCCGGUGUGCUUGGAGGAACUUGUAAAUGGGAGACCAGAAGAAUCUUGUGACUAUCAGUCGUAUCUGCAAGAAGGAAUUGACAGCCUAUUGAAGGAAGCCAAGGACAAGUUCAAAGGCUGGGUUAGCUGUUCCACUUCAGAGCCAGCUGACCUCUCCUACAAGAAAGUGUGUGAAGGCCCUCCUCUUCGACUCUGGAAGUCCACCAUUGAAAUUCCAGCACAGCCUGAAGACAUUUUACAGCGUUUGCUGAAAGAGCAACACCUAUGGGAUGAAGACCUACUGGAUUCCAAAGUUAUUGAGCGCCUGGAUGACCAGACUGAUAUUUAUCAAUAUGUGCAGAAUAAUAUGGCACCACACCCAGCUAGAGAUUUUGUUGUUUUAAGAACAUGGAGGAGUAAUCUGCCAAAGGGCGCUUGUGUUCUUUCAUGCACAUCAGUGGAUCAUGACGAUGCUCCUCUACUUGGAGUCCGGGUCAAUGUACUGUUAUCCAAGUAUCUGAUUGAACCGUCUGGCACAGGAAAGUCCAAGCUCACAUAUCUGUGCAGAGCUGACAUGAGGGGCCACAUGCCAGAAUGGUACAGCAAGGUUUUUGGACACCUGUGUGCCGCAGAAGUGGUCAGGAUUAGAGACUCUUUUAUCGGCCAACAACCGCAAGGCAAAGAUGGAAAGUCGAGGUGACAAUCCAGCAACUGACGCUCGCUCACAGAAAGUGAUUAUAAUAGGUUAUUAAAGAACUUUGACACCCUGAUGGACUUGGGAAACGGAUUCCAGAUUUUGGAAAAAAAAUCUUUAUCAAAUGACUCUGUCCUUGAUUUUAAAGCUGCUUCAUUCUUCAUAUGGUGCCUAUUUUGAUGCUCUGGACUGGAACUCAUAGGCCUGUUAAUGUAUGUUUUAUGACAUAUUAAUUGACAUUGCUUCUGGGAAGCAACACAACUGUAUUGGAAAUUAUAUAUUGUGCAACGUUAUGAAAAUGCCACAUUCCUAUGUUUUUUUGUUAUAUUCCAUGCCAUUUUAUUUUUGAGUGUAUUGAGGGAUUAAUGUAUCCACUGGAAUAAUUGGUACUCUUCCUUAUCCCCCCCCCCACCCAGACAAGAGAUAUUUGCACAGAGAAAAUGAGUGAUUGUGUGUCGCCCUUAUGAAUGGAAUCGGUUUUGGUGUCUGGUACACUAAUAUGCAAUUGUACUGGUUUUAAAUCUCAGGUUUUUGUAGACCUUUUCAUAUUGCAUCUUUAUCGGCUGACCUGGCAGUCCCA